GUCUACAGCAUGCCUGGAGUUCGGCACUCACAGAAUAGGUGUCAAGCAGGAGUGGUCUGCCGCCUGGAACCAGAUCUCGCUGAAGGCGGCCUUCCUACUGCCGGCGCAUGGCUCCAUGACCGAUGUGUUCCAGGAGAUCGAGCUGGGCUAUCUUCCUAAGGAGUGGGAGGUGGGCGCUGAGCCCACGACCAUCGAGCGCUACUAUGCUCCCUUGCUGCGGGUGCCCAUAUACCAGCCCACUACCUUCUCCAUGCCGGGCUCAGGGGUUGUGACACGGCUGUACCUCGCGACGGAGGAGGAUCAUGGGCGCCACGAGGCUGGCGAGUACUGGUACACCUAUGGUGCCACGACCAUCCCCGUGGUGAACGCCACUGUGCCAGAGCAGCAGUUCCUCCACGAGCGGGGCGAGUGGGUCAAGGCUCCGAGUAGCAGGCGGGCAGUGGCAGAAGUGGUCAUCACCCUAGAGGAUUUUACCCGAUACGAGUACCGGGUCCAGCCUGUCAUCUACCCACUCCUCUCGCUCCUCAGCGAGGUGUCCGGUGUCUUCGCCCUCUUCUGCUGGGCAUUCGUGAAGGGACCGCUGGUUGGCAGAAGAUUUCAGAAGGGCCAAGAGGGCAAGCCGGAGGAUGAGGAGCAGCCAAGGGUUGCCUUGCACGAUGGCAUGCAGUACAGGAGCAUAGAAGCAGAAGCAGAGGACCCCGGCUCGGUUGGGAAAGCCCGGCGCUGCCGACGCGAGCUGGAUGAUUGGCUUCUGCUGCGGCUCGCGGUGGAGUGCCAAAAGUCAGGUGGCACCUUCGAGUGUGCACGCGUCAUCUUUCAAAGGCAGAUUUCAAGGUUCCUUGAGGGCUGGACGUCCGCCUCGCUCUGGUGCGCGCGGGUCUGUGAGGAGACAAGCUUCGACCGGCUGCUGUUGGAUGGCUUCGCGCGGGUGGCGGGGGCCGGCCUGCUGCGGUCACAGCCCAGCAACAUCAGCCGCAGGCGGCUGGAUGGGAACCUCGGGGUGUGCAUCCAGUUUUCCUCCACUCAUUUUGCAAAGAAGCGGAAGGCCAACGACCAGCAGUCUGUGGUCAUGCCGGCGGACCCACAGGCCUUCAACUUCACAAAAAUCAAGGAGGAGGAGGUGGUGGGCGUGGUGGAAGCCAGCGGCAUGCAGGUAGUGUGCAUGGUUUGUGCCUCCCCGCUCAGUGUGGGCCAUAUGCUCCUGGUGCCUCAGCGCGACAAGGUCUACCCGCAGGUCCUCACUGAGGAGUUUCUGAUGUGCGGCCUGCGCUUGCUAGCCCUGAGUGGUCGCCUGGACAUCCGUGUGCUCUUCAACUCCCUGCUGGGCCAUGCUUCCGUGAACCACUUCCACCUCCACGCUAUUUAUCUGGAGCUCUGCGGGUUUGGCAACGGCUUCGCCAAUGGCAUCGGUGCCGCGCGCUUUCCAGUGGAGAAAGCCGAACGUUCGAAGCUGGGUGGGGGCCGAGGUGUCGGCCAGGUCUGCGCGGAGAUCUUGGUGGAGGGCCGCUGGUACUGCCGGGGCCUGGUGCUUUCUGCUGGCGCCCCUCGGGGAUCCGAGACGGACGGAGGGGAGGCAGAUUUGGAGGCGCUGGGGCUGCUGGCCUGGCGGGUGGUGCAGCUGCUGCAGGAGAAGAACGUACCGCACAACGUGAUGCUGGUGCCGUACCAGGGCGAGCGCAAGAAGCCGCCCGAGCCCGAGUUCUCAGGGCUGGUGGAGGAGCCACCACCACCCGCGGCCUCCCCGGAGAUCUACAUCUUCCCGCGGCAGGCGGCGAGCGCCUGCCGGGAGGACCCCGGGUUCAACGCCGCCAUCAUGGAGAUCAGCGGGCUGCUGGUGGCGCAGAGCGAGCAGCACUUCCGGGAGAUGGACCAGGCAACCGCCGAGGACAUCUUCACCAAGGCGAAGGAAGGGCUUGGGGCGCUGGGGCGUUGGCUUUUGCGCCGGUGCGGCCGCGAUCCCGGCGUCACGGCUCUCGGCUCGCUCCGGGUUCACGUCGCGUCACUGGCGGAGCCGGGGCCUGGCAUCGGCCGGCGCGAAAACCUGCGCCGGCGCUAUGCCACAGCGCGACAGAUCGCCGACAUGUUUAGCCCCGUUUCUCUUGCGUCGAAGGCCCCGAAAGGAUUGGGCCUGGGUCAGGUGGAGGGCCGUAAAGCCAAGAGCGCCGCUUUGCUGGAGGCUCUGGACUGGGCGUGUCUGCACUCACGGGCACUGGCCAGGCAGCGGGUCCUGCUUGCAUCGCGGAGUCUGGGCUGGAUGAUUGGCCAGGCACAGGCGAUGCGAUCUCCACUGCGAAGCCGCGACGGGCCGAUGAUGAGCAUUGGUCGCAAAGAGCAGGGUGCCUCCCGCCCCAAGAUGCACGGUGCAGGGCUGUUCGUGCAGCUGAGAUGCAGCUACAGCCUCCGUUACGCGCUGCUGCCGGCGGCUGAAGAAGCCGCAGACCUUCCGCGGCGCACCACACCGGUGGUGGCGCGGCGGAUGAUCUUCGCCCACCUGGGGCUGAAGCUCAGUGAGGAGCAGAAGCAAGAGGAGAGAGACUUCUGGAGCCAAUGUAGGAGGAAGCGCUGA